CGCCGGGCCAGUGGCGAAGGCGGGAUGGCGGAAGUCCCGCCCCUUUGGGGCGGAAGCGAGCUUGUUGUGGUGACGUCACUCGCGGAGGACGCGGGCGUCCCAUCGGGUCGGGCUCUCGGGCGGCGGCGCCCAUGGCCAGCACCGGCAGCCCUCUGUACGAUGCUGUACCCAUCCAGUCCAGUGUGGUUCUGUGUUCUUGCCCGUCCCCAUCAAUGGUGAGGAGCCAGGCAGACUCCAACUCCCCCCCGCCUGUUGCUGCCACCUGUGGCCGCAGAAAGGGGCUGAACAUGGAGAGCACCGCAGCUGAGCCGAGGGCCCCUGCAAAGUCUUUACAGCAGCCUCCGCAGCCACGCAAGAAACGCCCAGAGGACUUCAAGUUUGGGAAGAUUCUGGGGGAAGGGUCUUUCUCAACGGUCGUCUUGGCCAGGGAAUUGGCCACCUCCAGAGAAUAUGCCAUUAAAAUCCUGGAGAAGCGUCAUAUUAUAAAAGAGAACAAGGUGCCCUACGUGACCCGUGAGAGAGACGUCAUGUCUCGGCUGGAUCACCCUUUCUUCGUCAAGCUGUACUUCACGUUUCAGGACGACGAAAAGCUCUAUUUUGGCCUUAGCUAUGCCAAAAAUGGGGAGCUCUUAAAAUAUAUCCGCAAGAUUGGCUCCUUCGAUGAGACUUGCACCAGGUUUUAUACUGCUGAAAUGGUUUCUGCGUUAGAGUAUCUGCACGGGAAAGGAAUCAUUCAUAGGGACCUAAAGCCAGAGAACAUCCUGCUCAAUGGAGAGAUGCACAUUCAGAUCACAGACUUCGGGAGCAAAGUAUUAUCUGCGGACAGUAAACAAGCCCGGGCCAACUCAUUCGUUGGGACAGCGCAGUACGUGUCUCCAGAACUACUAACAGAGAAGUCUGCCUGCAAAAGUUCUGAUCUGUGGGCUCUUGGCUGCAUCAUAUAUCAGCUGGUAGCCGGGUUGCCGCCCUUCCGAGCCGGGAAUGAAUAUCUUAUAUUUCAAAAGAUCAUCAAAUUGGAGUAUGAAUUCCCAGAGAAAUUCUUCCCCAAGGCUAAAGAUCUCGUAGAAAAGCUUCUGGUCCUAGAUGCGACCAAGAGGCUCGGCUGUGAGGAAAUGGCAGGGUACGAACCCCUGAAGGCGCACCCGUUCUUUGAUUCCAUUGCCUGGGAGGAUCUGCAUCACCAAACGCCUCCCAAGCUCACGGCGUAUUUGCCUGCUAUGUCAGAAGAUGACGAAGACUGCUACGGAAACUACGACAAUCUCCUGAGUCAGUUUGGCUGCCUGCAAGUUUCCGGCUCUGCCUCUUCUCAGUCACUGUCCACCCUGGAGCCAAGCCCACCCCCCACGUCCGGCAACAACAUCGAACAGUACAUUCACGACCUUGACAACAAUUCCUUUGAGCUGGAUCUCCAGUUCUCCGAAGAAGAGAAAAGGUUGCUGCUGGCGAAACAGGCCGGGGGAAACCCCUGGCACCAGUUUGUAGAGAAUAAUUUAAUUCUGAAAAUGGGGCCCGUGGACAAGAGGAAGGGCCUGUUUGCUCGCCGGCGGCAGCUGCUCCUGACGGAAGGGCCCCACCUGUACUACGUAGAUCCAGUGAACAAGGUUCUCAAAGGGGAGAUCCCGUGGUCACUUGAACUACGGCCAGAAGCCAAGAACUUCAAGACCUUUUUUGUUCACACACCCAACAGGACCUAUUACCUGAUGGACCCAAGUGGGAACGCCCACAAGUGGUGUAAAAAGAUCCACGAGGUCUGGCGACACAGAUAUCACCAGAACGCUGCAAAGUGAAGCUGCUCUUGCCCCCCUGCCCCCCUUCGCCUCCCUCCUUGCUGCUAGAGCACCACGUGCCGCGGCCAGCGGACCCUCCAGUCGCCUCCGGGGGGAGCUGGCAGCCCAGACUCAUUCCUCCUUCAGCAAGAACCAGCUCGUGGGAUCCAGGGUGGCUUUGCUUGCUUUUCUGCGUCUCCUGAGGCUUCCACGUACUCGGCUGCACAGUCAGUGGCCAGCUUUCCUUUCGUGCCCUUCAGCUCCGUUUCUGCUGCAAAGGCGGGGCUUGGCUGUGCGGUCAGUCGGUCAGCUAAGCGAAGCGCGUCUCAUCUGAUCCAUGGGCUCGGGCCAGGUCCCGUUGGGCUGGAAGAUGACUGGGCAGCUGUCUUUCAUCAGGGAGCGUGGAGGGGGCCUUCCUGUGUGAGAGGCCUAUGUUGCUGCUGCUGCCCCCCCCCCCCCCCCAAAUUCCCUUUGUUGGCUUCCGGUCCUCCAGCACUUGCGUGGGCAGUGAGCUUGCCCCCCCCCCCCCGCCCCCCAGGCUCUCUGGUCGCAUUUGGAUUGCAGGAUUCUCCAUGGACGGUACUUCCUUGUGAGUUGCACAUUUUGCAGGCACACUCCGGCCCAGGCGGAAGGAGGAGAGGGAAUCCUUGUUGGACCCGGCCCUUCAGAUGUCCACAGUCUUGGCACUCUGAUCUCAUAAAAUUUUGAAAUGGAAUUUUCAUUUGACCCAUUUACAUGUUUAAGUAAGGAGCGCUAAAGUUACCAGCAUGCUUUUAACUAAUACUAACUGCAGAGUUAACUAGUUUGUACAAGGCUUUCUUGAUGUAGUCCAUAGACUCUUCGCCUUUUCAGAAGAGAAAAGGGGUCCCGUUUCUUUGCAGGGGGCGGCGUAGACGUAGUGUUGCUGCAAGGAGGGAGCAGUGGCUUGCCUGUGUGGGAGGAGAAGACCGAGCAGCCGAAAGGCUCUUGUACAACUGAUGACUUGAGUGGGUGUCUCUUGGUAUAACGAGGUGUACAAUAUUCCUGUCUGGUUUAUUGGCCAAGCAUCUGACCUUUUAGCGACUUUGAAAAUAUUUUACAUGAUUUAAACGUAUUUAAGCCCCUCCACUAAUCGGACUAAAUGUCGUGUUCCUGUACAAAUGUUGAUACCACGGAGGGACAAACUUAUGGUACUUGAGUCAUAUCUAUCAAAAGUUUCAUAUCGUUCUUUUGUCUUUUUCCAAUUAAACUAUCAUGGUCAAAUGUU